AGAGACCCUCACAAACCCAGACACCUACGGACGUCCCCCCAGAUGUCCGCAGACUAUCCAAACACUCUCACAGAGAUCCCGCAAACCCCUUUAAAAGAAGUGAACCCUCUAGGCUCGUCCCCUCCGGGUCCAAUGCAGCCUCCUCUGGAGACCAGUGCUGUUGCCACGGAGACUCCUGGGCGUUCCGGUUGCCCUGGAGACGGAUCCCUCCGCUCCCGGCCCGGGUUCCAGAGGUUUCAGUCAAGCUCCUCCCUCAUCGGCCCCGGAACCCCUCAUCCCUCCCCGUCCCGCCCUCCCCCAGGUCUGGCCAGAGUUCCUUUGCAAAUUUCUGCAGGUGUCCAACUUCCCUCCCCAAGUGGUAGACUUGAAGGCAAGGCUUCUCAUUACAUAGCAACCGCAAGGCGGGUCUCAUCCAAGAGCUAUCCACCCCUCGCUAACAUUUCCCCUUCCCAGCUUAAGACGAGAUUGUGACCUAAGGAAGGACUUGUAACAGCCAAGCCAAAGCCCAGAGAUGGAAGCAGACAAGGUCACAGAAGAGCCUAAUAGCACCAUGGAUACAGAGGAGCACCCCUCUUCAAAGGACCUCUCUGCUAAAGAAUCACAGGAGCCCCCUAUCCCUGAAACACACUUUGAGACUUCCAUCUCUGAGACCCCCUUAGAGCCCCUUGCCGCUGAAACCCUUUUGGAGCCUUCCAUCUCUGAGACUCCCUUAGAGCCCCACACCUCUGAAUCUCAUAUGGUGCCACCUGCUUCCCAGGCCCUUUUAGAGACCCAUGCCUCUGAAACCUCUUUGAAACCUUCCAUCUCUGAGACCCCUUUAGAGACCCACACCUCUGAAUCUCAUAUGAUUCCAUCCACCUCCCAGGCCCCUUUAGAGACCCCCACAUCCAAAACCUCUUUGAAAACUUCCAUCUCUGAGACCCCUUUAGAAGCCCACACUUCUGAAUCGCCUAUGGUUCCAUCCACUUCCCAGGCCCCUUCAGAGACCUAUACCUCUGAAACCCUUUUGGAGCCCUCUAUCUCUGAGACCCCUGUAGGAUACUCUGAGAACCCUUUGGAAACCCCUAUGCCUGAGACCCUGUUGGAGACUCUCAUCUUUAAGGACCCAGAGAAACGUGUUUUUUCUCAUACCUCAUCACAAGACCAUGUUCCUGUAUCUUCCCCUGAUACUCUGGAGGAAGACCUCUUUAAGUAUUCUCCCAGUGAGGUCUUGUGGAGAAGGAAGUCCAGCCAGAUCUCUGAGUAUGAGAGCCUUCAAAAGCACUCCCUUUCAAGCCCUUCAGCCCCGGUCCACCUGGACACAUCUGCAAAGGAAGAGGAAGAGGAAGGAGAGGACAAGGAGCAGGUGGAGGCCACUGACAGCAGCGCACACACAGCUCAGCCAGGACAACAGCCGGGCAAGAAGAAGGGGAAGAAAGGAUUUAGCCAUUACACAGCCCACCCAGUGGUCCCUGCCGAGCAAACAGAGCUGGUGGAAGUGGCUAAGGCAAGGCCCAGAGAGAAGUUCGGUGCUCAGAUGAACUAUCUUUUCCAAUGGGAGAAGAAUGCAGCCCUGAGUGCCAUCCAGACAGGUCUCUACAUUGGCUGGCGCUGCCCCCAUUAUCUAUGGGACUGUUUCCGGAUUGGAGAUGAGUCCAAAUGCUUUUGUGGACACUUGCUGAAAGAGCACCAGAUCAUCUCAGACAUAUCCGUGCCCUGCAAUGUGGGCCAGUGUCGCUGCCUCAUGUUCUGCUUUAUCCCAUCACGCCCAGAGGAGGUGGGUGAGUUCUGGCUCAAAAGACGAGCUACCUUUGACCCCAAGGCCUGGAGGGCCCAAUGUCGCUGCAAACACAGCCAUGAAGAGCACACAGCUACUGGGUCCCAUCCCUGCAGGGUGAAAGGUUGUUGCUGCAAUUGCUUUGAGUCUAAUUUCCUCUGUGCGGCCUGUGACCGUCGCUGGGAGGAACAUGAGACUUUCUUUGAGACUGAGGAGACCCGGCGACGAGGAGGGAGGCCUCAUGGCACAGACACUAUCAACACCUGGCGCAGGCCUCUUUGAACCUGGCUCAAAUCAUCAAUAAAAGGGAAGUCCCUGGAAUCUGGCCUGGUUCUGUAUGGGGCAGAUAGAUCCUAGGAUCUUAGAGUUACACAUAAUGCGGGCAAGAGAGAGGACCACAAAGGAGACAGGCUGGAUCAAGCCAACUGCUUCCACCAAACCCACAUUUGAGAUGCUAGUCUGGCAUCAGAAGGACAGAGUGGCUUCAAGGAAGCCAGGGAGGGAGGGGGUUUUUGGAAGAAUAGAGUGAACACUGGUGUUGGAUGCAGUUGGAGAUGCCAGUAAUAAAGACUGAAAAAUGUCCACUGGAUUUUACAAUUAGGUCUUUUGGGCACUUCAGAUAAUGUAGUUUCAGUGAUGCAGUGGGGGCAGAAACCAAACCCAGUAAGUCUGAAAGAGUUUCUUUAGGAAGCUUGGAUGAAAAGAGCAGGAGAGAAGUCAGACAAUAUCCAGAGAGAGAUGUGGAAUCAAGAAACAAUUUUUAGGAGGGAAAAAGGGGAGGAACCAGUAAAGGAAGAUCUUGAAGGAUACCGAAGAGAGAAAGAGAUGCCUGGUGAGACAUCCCAGAGAUGGAGGGAGGAAAUGAGAUCAGGGCAGAGGUGAAGGGAUUUGCUCUGGACAGGAGAACCACCACCUCCUAAGACCAAGAGGAAAGAAGAAGGAAAAUGAUGGGCCUUCACUGAGCUGCAGGAAGCAGGAUCUUGUGGAAGUUCUCCCUGUGAAGUAGGAGACAAGGUCAGUUGCUGGUCAUGAAGGCAAGGGGUAGGAGUGGGGAGUAGGAGAGAGGAGAAGAUUUGGGAAGGCUAAUGUGGGAAAUCACAGAAAAACCUAAUCAGUGGGCAGUUGAGGAUUCAAGUACAGCUGGAAGCAGGAACCUAAAGAGGAAGAGAAACACAAUAGUUAGAUUGAGUUAGAUUGAUAGCUGAUGAUGGGAGGGUGUCAGGAAGGAUUAUCAGGAAAGUCAAAAAGAAGGCUUGAGAAUGUGGGGAGAGCUGACCACACAAAUGGACAGAACGUAAAGCCAGGAAGCAACUGACAAACUGAAAAAAAAGAACAAAGGAACAGAAGUCUCUAAUGAGGUCCAGUAGCUGAUGUAGUGGUGGGGAUCAGUACAGGAGACAUUGGUCAGAACCUACAGAGAGCUGCAGCUCUUAGAUGAGAGCAUCUGCCAGGGAUCACAAAGACUUGGAGUAAAGAACUGUGGACAAGAGGCUGAAACCAGUGACUGUGGCCCAAAUCAGUGAAUCAUAGUUAUUUUUACAAGGAGUAGGAGAUUCGGGCUCUAAUGGGCUCUGUGAUCCUAGGCAAGCCGUCUCUGGGCCUCAGU